AUGUCUCAUGUCACGUUGAAUGGACUAUCCAACGCUCUUCAAGCUGUGGAGCAAAGAAAAGCUUUUAGAAAGGGAGAGAGUUCAAAUGAAGUUGCUCUUGUGGCUGCUCAAAAGUCUAAAGCUCAGUCUGAUGGUGAAUUAAAAAGGCAAUUAAAUAGAAGACAUGGCAAGGAGAAGAAGAAGCAAUAUAACAACAAAGGGAGAUAUAAAAGAUUGAAGUCUGCAAAACAAAUCAGCCCGACAGCUCAAGUGCAGCUAACUCAAAUUGCUGAAAAUGUUGAAGAUCAUGAGGAGAACUUGUUUGCAACUUCUAUUAUUGGAGAAUGCAAUAUAGCAUCUCAAGAUCAUGAUGUGUGGCUUGUUGAUAGUGGAUGUACACAUCAUAUGACAGCUAACUUGAAUAACUUUGAACGUUUGGACAAAAACUAUUUUUUCAAAGUCAGAGUUGGAAAUGGCAGACUCUUAGAUGCAAAGGGCAAAGGAGCAGUUGUUGUUCAAAUUCUAUCAGGUAUAAAGCUUAUCUUUGAUGUAUUAUUUGUUCCUGAAAUUAGCCAAAGUUUUCUAAGUGUUGGUCAGUUGCUUGAGAAUAAAUAUGCCCUAUUAUUUAAAGAUAAAGCAUGUGAAAUCAUGGAUCCAACUGGUAUAAAAUUGCUCACGGUCAAAAUGCUCAAUAGAAGCUUGCCUCUUGAUAGGAAACAUACUGAGAUUGGAGCUUAUGUCGGCAUAAAAGAUGACAGUUAUGUCUGGCUGUCUGGCAUAAAAGGCUUGGCCACAUCAAUUUUAAGUCUUUAA